CCGCCAUUAUUGGGAAGCUGAAAAACCCCGCACUUACGCACACACACGUUCAUGCGCACACACACUCCGCCAGCAAUGAUUGCAUUGUGCGUUGCGUCAGCUCGGAUGUGUUUUCUGCGGAUAAAAAUCUGUGCUUUCUUGCUGUAGAGUUUUAUUGCACCGUCCGGCCGAGACGUUUAAGAGAGGGACACGGAAAAAAAAAGUCGGGAUGUUUUUUGGGCACAACAAAGGAAAUAAGAAGAAGUGGUGAAAAGAGCGUGCUGGACGCAGGGAGCGCACACACACAACCCGAUACCAGUCUCUCUCUCUCUCUCUCUCUCUCUCUCUCAACGCCCCCCUCCUUUCCCAGCAGAAACACAGGGAGAGAGAGAUCCGGACAUUCCGGCUUGUUUUUCUUCACUGUUUGAUUCGCCUGUUUUCUGUUUCACUAACAAUAACAGCAACACAGGCGCAAAAAACGCGCAGAAAACUUUGUUUCAUGGAUUGAUCAUUGUGAGAAGAGUAUUGUGAGACGGACAGCUACAAAGAGGGAGAUAAUUAAAUUAAAUGUGACUACGGGAGAAGUGUUAUUUCUGGUGUUACUGAAUCUAAACGAGAGGAAAAAGGAGUGGAGAAGACAGACAGGAAUGCUGUGAGACGUUAACACAAGCCAUUAUAAUACCUGAAAUUCUAAGCGUGCUAAUAAUUCUGGAGGGCAGUUGCAGCAGAACUGCACUGACUAGAAGCAAGUGCAGCGAAGAGAGUUAGAGGAAGAACUGAAGAAACAGCAAUUGGAGUAUAUAUUCAAGUUGGACAAACCCAGGACCUUGUUUGUGUUGCAGAACCCUUGAGAAGAGAUGGGCUGGAAUAGUUCUGCCUUCAUCACACCUUUCUAGAUUCACACUGGACCUUCUCCCCUGCCUCCCAAAUCCCUGAUCACCCACCAACAGGAUUUUUGCCUUGUCGUUCUACAAAGAUUCUGCAAGUUUUUCCUCUAAGUGCACAAAUGACUCUGUAUUUAAGAUUUGACCACUAAUAGUAUUGAAUACACUGUCCCCAACCCUAAACAAUUAGGAAGUUAAGGACCUUUUUAGAUUCUGAAUGUGCUUGGAUGGAAUUGCAACCCAGUAGCUUUCAAACUAGAGCUUCUGGGAAUGGCAAGAUGAGUGGCUUCAAACGAUAAUGAUGGCAAAAAAACAAGAUGCCCGGGCACCAACCUACAACCUGGUUGUAGUAGGUUUGUCCGGGACUGAGAAAGAAAAAGGGCAGUGUGGGGUAGGAAAGUCCUGCCUUUGUAAUCGCUUUGUACGCCCCAGCGCUGAUGAUUUUUAUUUGGACCACACCUCAGUUUUGAGCACUAGUGACUUUGGUGGUCGAGUUGUAAACAAUGAUCACUUUUUGUUCUGGGGUGAGGCAACACGAACAUUGGAGGAGGGACCUGAAUGUCGAAUACAUGUGGUGGAGCAGACAGAGUUCAUUGAUGACCAGACAUUCCAGCCACAUCGAAGCACUGCACUGCAGCCUUACAUUAAGAGGGCAGCUUCCCCCAAACUGGCCUCAGCUGAAAAGCUUAUGUAUUUCUGUACCGAUCAGCUGGGUCUUGAACAGGACUUUGAGCAAAAACAAAUGCCUGAAGGAAAGCUUCUUGUAGAUGGGUUUCUUCUUUGUGUUGAUGUAAGCAGAGGAAUGAACCGUAAUUUUGAUGACCAGAUGAAGUUUAUUUCCAACUUGUACAACCAGUUAGCAAAGACCAAGAAACCAGUUGUACUCAUAUUGACCAAGUGUGAUGAGGGAGUUGAGCGGUAUAUUAAAGACGCUCACACCUUUGCUCUAGCCAAGAAAAAUGUGCAGGUAGUUGAGACUUCAGCACGCUCUAAUGUCAAUGUUGACCUUGCCUUCCUCACCCUAGUGCAGCUGAUAGACAAGAGUCGAGGAAAACCGAAGAUCAUCCCUUACUUUGAGGCUCUGAAGCAGCAGAGUCAGCAGAUAGCGUCUGCUAAAGACCGCUAUGAGUGGCUUGUCAGUUGCAUUGUAAAGAACCACAAUGAAACAUGGCCCAACAUCAACCGCAGAAUGCAAAAUUCCCCAGAAUACAAAGACUAUGUCUUCCUUGAGGGUACUUCCAAAGCCAAGAAAUUAUUUCAACAACAUGUGCACAGGCUCAAACAGGAACACAUAGAAAAACGGCGCAAGGUUUAUUUAAGUACACUUCCACAGGCUCUGUGUAAUUUGGUACCAGAUUUAGAUGAGAUUGACCACUUGAGCUGGUCAGGGGUACAGAAGGUUUUGGAGACAAAACGUGGGUUUUCAACUUGGUUCGUUAUAUUAGAUGACACGCCAUGGGAAACUACGCCACAUAUAGAUAACAUGGAUGAUGAGCGUAUACCCCAGGAUCUUUUGGAAACCCCAGCUGCAGAAGUCAUCUAUGAAAGUCAUUUAGAGCACCUGAGAAAUGAGAGAAAACGAGCAGAAAUACGUAGAGAAUUCAAAGAGAAACUGGUUGCAUCUCCAUUUGUCACUCCUGGCAAGCCUUGGGAGGAGGCCCGCAGCUUUAUAAUGAAUGAGGAGUUUUACCAGUGGCUGGAGGAACCAGAGUAUCUGGAUAUCUACAACAAGCAUCAGAAAGAGAUUAUUGAUCAAGCCAAAGAGGACUUCCAGGAGCUUUUGCUAGAGUAUUCUGAGCUGUUCUAUGAGCUUGAGGUGGAUGCCAAACCCAGUAAAGAAAAAAUGGGUGCCAUUCAAGAGGUUCUUGGAGAGGAACAGAGAUUUAAGGCUCUUCAAAAACUUCAAGCAGAGAGGGAUGCUCUUGUACUCAAGCAUAUCCAUUUUGUCUACCACCCAACAAAGGAGACAUGCCCUAACAGCCCUUACUGUGUGGACAGCAAGAUUGAGCAAAUCUUGGCUUCAAGAUUUCCUACUCGGUAUGCAUUUGAUGGCACCCUAAAGUCCCAGUAUGGUGAGGGAAAAGUGGAUAGGAUUAAUCUUGUAAUCCUUGGAAAAGAUGGACUUGCAAGGGAGUUGGCCAAUGAGAUCAGAGCAAUGUGCACCAGUGAUGACCGAUACACACUAGAUGGAAAAACAUAUGAACUGGCCCUUAGGCCUAUAGAAGGCAAUGUACGCUUACCAGUUAACUCUUUUCACACACCUACUUUUACCCCACAUGGAUGCCUUUGUCUCUACAACUCUAAAGAAUCAUUGUCCUAUGUUGUUGAAAGCAUUGAGAAGCUUAGAGAAUCAACCAUUGGUCGAAGGGAUAACAGCUUAGCACAGCUCCCCAUGUCACUGCUGUUGGUCACCAAGAGAGGAGUUGGAUCAAUUGGGGAUAUUGGGGGAGAAACUGCCCAAAGUUUAAUAAUACAAGGGCAACAGGUUGCUGGGAAACUGCAAUGCACUUACCUGGAUCCUGCUUCUCCAGGUGCAGGCUAUGCACGCAAUCUAAAUGAAAAGCAGAUCAACCAAGUCCUAAAAAGCCUCUUGGAUGUACAGAGAUCCUCUUGCAGUCUUGGAAGUAGCUCCCCUCCUUUGCCAACUCCACGUGCCCGUUUUAGAGACUCUCAUGCUCAACAGACUUCCGAGGCUGAUUUACAUGUUGUAAUGUGCAUCAUGUGUGGAGACACUUACGAUGUAGACCAACUUUUAUCACCAUUCUUACAUUCUCAGCACUGCAGACCUUCUGCCAACCUAUCUAUUGGCACAUCAGUGUUGUUGGACCUUACUAUUGGUGGCCAAAGGCAAACCAUUGACCUAGCUGUGUUAUCGUAUCAUUCUGCUUUUUCUCUACGCAAGAGCCGUUUAGUUCAUGGAUACAUUGCAGUAUACUCAGCAAAACGCAAGGCUUCCCUGGAAACACUUUGUGCCUUCCUUUGUGAAGUGCAAGACAUUAUUCCUGUGCAGCUGCUGGGAGUUGGGGAGAGUCAAGCAGAGCUAACAGAAUCUGAUGUAGCCCGCGAUCAACUGGUUGAAGGGGAGGAGUUGGCUCAUGAAAUUGAGGGCCGUUUCAAUUCUGUUGUCUGUGGACCUGGUGGGGUAGUGGGUGGCUUGCAUCGAAUAGAUCUCUUCCAGUCCUUCUUAAAGGAGGUAGUUGAAAAAAGGACCAUUGUAGAGGCCACACAUAUGUAUGACAAUGUAGCAGAAGCCUGCAGUACCAAUGAGAGUGUCCAUUCACCUCGUUGUGGGUCACCAAGCAUUCCCUUGCUGGACUCUGAAGAUGAUGUCGAGCCGUCACCUCCUUACCCCAUCUAUAGAGAUGAUAGCACUUUGACUCAUGGCUUUAAGUUUGCUGACCUUGAAAGUAGUGAUACCUUCAGCGUAAUUUCUGAAAUCAGCACCUUUGAAAGCAAGCUGAACAACAAAGUUCCACCGCAGGUGCGACCCAAGCCUUCAGUUACAUUUGGGAAAGUUAGUCUCGGCUCCUACAUGGACCAUGGAGGUAACAGACGUUCAUUACCCUCAGUCACAUGGCCACCAAGCAGUGAUGGUGGUUAUGAUCCUUCUGAUUAUUCUGAGCCAGUAGAUGCUGUACCUAAGCCCCGUCCCACAGAAGAGGAAAACAUUUACUCAGUCCCACAUGAUAGCACACAGGGUAAAAUCAUUACCAUUCGAAAUGCAAACAAGGGCCAUUCUAAUGGUGGAGGUAAUGGCUCAGACAGCGAGGCAGACAGCAGUUCACUAGAGCGCAGGCGCAAAUUGUCUGCUGCUGGAGUUAAGCCACGAUUAUACCGUGAUCGUUCUAAACGUCUGGGCAAAUUCAGUAAUUUCCGCACAAGUUUCAUUGGCAGUGAUGAUGAGAUUGGAGGUCCACCCAAAGCCAAAGAAGACGAGACUGGGAUACAGAAGGGGGAUAAUUCUCUGAAUGAAGAGGGUGAGGACCCUAAGAGAAACAAAAUAUUGAGGAGUCUGCGUAGAACUGGCAAGAAAACCAGGCCAAAGCCUCGCCAGUCCAUCUCUAAACCACUGGAGAGUAACUACUUUGGUGUGCCGUUGGUCAACGUGGUCACACCCGAGCGUCCCAUCCCGCUGUUCAUUGAGAAGUGCAUCCGUUACAUCGAAGCGACUGGUUUGAGCACAGAGGGAAUCUACAGGGUCAGUGGCAAUAAGGCUGAGAUGGAGAGCAUGCAGCGGCAAUUUGACCAAGAUCAAUCCUUGGACCUGGUGGAGAAGGACUUCUCCGUGAACACUGUAGCUGGAGCCAUGAAGAGCUUCUUUUCUGAGCUGCCAGACCCUCUGGUGCCCUACAGCAUGCAGGUGGACCUGGUGGAUGCCUUUAAGAUCAAUGAUCGAGAGCAGCGGUUCUUCGCCAUGAAGGACGUGCUGCGCAGGUUCCCCCGAGAAAACUACGAAGUCUUCAGAUACGUCAUCAGCCACCUGAACAAGGUGAGCCAGAACAGCCGUGUGAAUCUGAUGACCAGUGAUAAUCUAUCCAUCUGUUUCUGGCCCACACUGAUGAGGCCUGAUUUCACCACCAUGGAUGCGCUGACAGCAACGCGCACUUACCAGACAAUCAUCGAGACCUUCAUCUACCAGUGUGCUUUCUUCUUCUACAAUCAGGCCCUGGUUGACAACCCAGGCAGCCUGCCUGGGCUCCCAGGAUCCCCUACUGCUACCCUGUCCUCCACCUCAUCCAUGUCAGGCUCCGCCUACUCAUCCUGUUACUCCCCAGCCCAACACGUAACCGCGCCCUUCAGCCCGGCUCAGCAGUCCCCACCUCAUUCUCCUCCCCCUACUCCACAAUCGCCUAUCCAGAGUCUACUGCCUCCAAUGCACCCGCACCACGCACCAACGGAACAACACACGCUGUGAAGCAGAGCGGGAUAUAGAAAGAGAGCGAACAUGGCCGAGAAGUUCUGAAAUGGGGAAAGAGUUGAGUUCUGAAGUAGCAUUUACAGAGAUUACAUAAAUGGAAAGUGAUUCUUAGAAGAAAAAAAAAAAGAAUGAGAUUUGAGGAAAUGUGCCUGCAAGUGACAGAGAAUGAAAAGAGGGGGUGUUGGACGUAACGCGAAGGUCAAGCCACUUCAGCUGGGAGACACUCCAGUGACGCUCAUCUUCCUCGUUAUAGAUCACUGCACUCAUCUAAUUUCUCCUCAUAAUAUAAUUCGGAAGCAUACACACAUUCUUACCUUAUAUAAACAAAUAGAUCUGAGAUCAUGGGUCAGCACAGGACAGACAUGAUAGGAGGAGUGUGUGGCUACUAAGUCUGCACUACUUGGCCUGUUCUGAUUUACCAGAGGGGUUUCUGAGUAGAAACAACUGAUAUGUGUGAAAAGAUAGAAAUCUGAACUAAACUCUCCACACAAUCGAUUAUCUGCUCUACAUAACCUUCUCAGGCCCAUGUCCUGUUGCUACCAAUAGGAAGAAAGCUAAAUGUGGCAGGAAGCCAUCCUUAGCAUUCUCAGCAUUUUUUUUUUUUUUACCUUUCAACCACUAUUGCCACAUUUUUAAAGACUUGUUCCAGCAAUCGAAGACACGACACCUCUGUCAGCCACAUUCCUCAUCCUUUCCGUCUGAAUGAGUCUCGUAUAAAGUGGAGCAUGUUUAAAGAAAAAUAGUCCGAACAAGAACUUGACAAACUGGAUCUGGUUACAUUGGCAGUGGACUACGGCGAACUUUGGUACUUUUUUUUUUUUUUUUGCACAGCAAUCUGGGAAUUGAAGUCUUCUCAACAUCCCUGUUCAUCUCUCUGCCUUCACAAUGAGCCAGGAUCUCAAGAACGUGUUAGGAGACUAGUAUUCAUUUCUGUUCUGGAAAAGAAAAACAAAAAAAAAAAAAAGAAGUGUGUGUUUCUUGAUUUGGAGUGUGUUUUCUUGAUGCGUCAGUCAGGGUUCAGUUUGUGCUCCACUUGGAUAACGGAUCUCAGUGAGAUUCUCCAUUAGACCAGAUGUGGAACGAUAAUGCACUAGCGAGCUGAAACUUUAAUGUGUGUGUGCGAUUAUGCGUUCAUACCUGCCUGAAUGUACACUUUAUGCUUGUGAAAUAUCACAGUGAGAUUUUGGCAGCUUUCGAAAGUUUGUCCAACCGAUUGGUUUUGAUGGAGGAAAAAGAGAUUUGAACGUUUAGGUGGUGAAUUUGGUUCUCUGUGUGUUAACACUGAAAGGAAAGCUGCUUUGUCUAAAAACACACUUGCAUCACUCAUUCCGAACUCUGCUGCACUAUUCCAUUUUAAGAAACUUCCAAAAAGAUUUUCAGCUGACUGUUGCUCAGUCAGACAGUCCGAAAUGCUUUGUGUCUGAAGGAGAGUAGAAAGCAAGAGAAAGACUUAAAGGGAAGACCCUUAGUGGGUUGUUUUGUUUUUGUUUUGGGGGGGUGAAGACAGUUUUCAUCUUUGUGCUCAUAUUUGGGUGUGCUACUGCCAUCUCCUGUGCCAACAAGGUACUGCACCUCAUACUGAGUCGGCUUCAGUUUUUCUAUCUACCUUAGACACAGAGUCCAUUCCCCUUCCUCUACCUUCCCAUAAGAGAAGUGCUGGAUGCACACAGUUCCUAUACACACAGCAUCACCACAGAGAAACCCUUAAGAACCUGCGUUCCUCAACAAUACGUCUCGGCACUUCAUAUCCUACUAUGUAUUCUCAGGUCGCCGCUGUUAUAAUGGCUCAUUAACCAUCGAUUCUUCCUAAUUGUCGACUUCAUGAACGUUAUUGUCGUGUCUGAUGAAAUCCUACAAAAAAUCGUGAUGCUGAGUUUUGGAAUUAAACAGGGAUUUUUAGGACUAUAAAACUAGACAUUUUAAUUGAAGUUUCUCAUCGUGUAGGUCUCUCUGACCUGAGCUGCCCACUACAUUUGCCCUGCCAGUCAAAGUCGCAUAAAGCAUCUGAUUGGCUUUGAAAUCUUCAACACGUUUCCUGCCCACACAGCCUCAGCUAUUUUUCUGCUCUUUUCAGUUAACAUGGUAUUUUUUGGGAAAAUAGGGAGAAAGAUCCAAACUCUCCUGGUACUUUGCAGUUGAUUGCUGUCUUGCCUCAUUCUCAGUGAAAAUCAUACAUCAGCGUGAUAAUACAGAGUUGAUAUAUAGCAGCCAAAGAGCAAAAAGGGUGAGAGAAAGACGAGGAAGGGCAUCAAAUGGGAAUUAAAAUGUGAUGUUUCAGCAAUCUUAUGUGGCUGCAUUUUUUCCUUUAUUUUUUUUAUUUUAUUUUUUUUUGCAACAGUGGUGACCGAUUAAGUUAAACGAGAAGCAAAACAAAGCUAUAUUCAACAUGGUUGUUUAUUUGUAUGUUAGGGGGUCUAACACUUUGCCCUGUAGUCAAUGGUGAUAGAAAAAAAAGGUUUCUUUUUAUGUUUUAUUUUAAUAAUUAAAAAAGACCAUUUUUAACAAUUUUGUGAAUGGUGUAAAGGCCAUAUGAUGUAGUGCAUGAUUCAACUCCAAGUCUGGGAGUUGGGACCUUCAACUCUUCGUAUUUAAGAGAGAAAAAAAACAGCAUUAAAUGAACAAAAACAAAAAAAUUAAAAACAAAAAAAUAAGAAAAAAAAUCAUGAAGUAAACUGAGAAGAAACAAAAAUCAUGACUUUAUUUGCUAUGGUUAUUUGUCUCAGUGGGAAUGGUGUACAAACUGUAAGGCCUUAUGUGAGCUGUAUUAUAGUUAAUAAAACAAUCUUGUAAUA